UUCGAAGGCGGUGCGAAGCAGCGGAGGCGGUGUUCCAGUUCCCAGGGUUCCUAGCGCGACGUCCGCCAUCUUGUUCCGGCGAGAAAGGGCUUCCUAGACCCGUCUAUUUCCCCGCUCCGCUUCGUACCGAUUAAGGCGGAGGUGCUGCUUCGCCACGGUAGCGGGGAGAUUGGUUGUUCCAGCGGGACAUGUUGCAGCAGCAGGAAAGAGAGCCGAAGCGGUGAUAAGCUCGUUACGGAAUAACAGCCAGCUCUCGCCUCACAGACGCGCAGUCUUCUCCCCGCCCUCUGCGCCUACUCAGCACCGAGCCAUGGACGCCGUCAACGCCUUUAACCAGGAGCUUUUCUCACUCAUGGAUAUGAAACCUCCGAUCUCACGUGCAAAGAUGAUUCUAAUUACUAAAGCUGCUAUUAAAGCAAUAAAGCUCUAUAAGCACGUAGUUCAGAUUGUGGAAAAAUUCAUCAAAAAGUGUAAACCUGAAUACAAGGUCCCGGGGCUUUAUGUCAUUGAUUCCAUCGUUCGUCAGUCUCGCCAUCAGUUUGGAAUUGACAAAGAUGUUUUUGGCCCAAGAUUCACUAAGAAUUUAACAGCAACGUUUCAGUGUUUGUAUACAUGUCCUUCAGAAGAUAAGAGUAAGAUUGUCAGAGUAUUGAACCUGUGGCAAAAGAAUGGAGUUUUUAAAAUUGAGAUUAUCCAGCCCUUGCUGGAUAUGGCAGCAGGUGCGGCAGCGGCAGAUGUAAUGACUGACAGCUCUAUGAUGGAAGAAGGCUCUUCACCACCCUCUGGUAUGAUCCUCUCAGAACCCCCUGAUGAAGUUCAAGAACCACCUCCUGUUGCACCUGUUCCUCAGUUACCUACUCCUGAUGCUUUUGCAGCUGUAGCACAGUUGUUUCAGAGUACCCAAGGACAACAACUCCAGCAGAUUCUUCAGACUUUCCAACAACCUCCAAAACCACAGUCUCCAGCGAUUGAUGAAAAUGUGUUUGCUCAAGUUCAGGCCAUAACAUCCCAGCUGAAUGCCCCAGCACAUCAGCCAGAGAGAAAAACUGCUUUUGAUAAGUUGCUUGACAGAUUUGAUUAUGAUGAUGAACCUGAUGCAACUGAGGAGUCAAAGAAAGAAGCAUCAAGCCCUCCUUUGUCAGGAUCACAGCAGUCACAACCACCGCUGCAGCCUUUUGCAUUUUCAGCAGACAGCAUGCAGCCUGCAGCUUAUCCUGGUCAGUUACCUGGUCAAGUGCCAAACAUGGAUCAGUUUCAGCCCAUGAUGAUGGGAAUGCCGCAGGAACCACUACCUCAGCAGACUCAGCUUCCUCCCAAUGGCCAAAUGCUUGGAUUUGGUAUGGUUCCUACUCAGUCAUUUGCGCCUAUGGUACCACCUAUGGGGUCUGAACCUUCUACCCAUGGUUUCCAAAACACCUUCCAAAUGCAGCCAAAUGAAAUGCAUGUGCAGAAGGAACAUCAGCAGGAAAUGCCCAUGGAUGUUGAACAGCCUAAUGUUCAAGAAAACAAACGUCAUAUGAAUGAACAAAGCAAGUCAGUAUCCAGAUCACCAAAGAGACGGCGUUCACGUUCUGGUUCUCGUUCACGGCGAUCUCGUCAUCGCCGCUCUCGUUCUCGCUCUCGUGAUAGACGUCGUCACUCCCCCAAAUCUCGAUCUCAAGAAAGAAGGGACAGAGAGAAGGAAAAAGAACGAAGGCAAAAAGGACUUCCUCCUAUUAAAUCAGAGACUGUUAGCAUUUGUAGUACUACACUCUGGAUAGGACAACUGGACAAAAAAACAACACAACAAGAUGUUGGAAGUUUCCUUGAAGAGUUUGGACCCAUUGAAUCAAUUAAUAUGAUUCCACCACGAGGCUGUGCCUAUAUUGUUAUGGUCCACCGCCAGGAUGCAUAUCGUGCUUUAAUGAAACUUAGCAGAGGAAACGUUAAAGUAAACCAGAAGGCAAUAAAGAUUGCCUGGGCUUUGAACAAAGGGAUUAAAGCAGAAUACAAACAGUAUUGGGAUGUGGAGAUAGGAGUUACAUACAUACCAUGGAAUAAAGUCAAACCUGAGGAUCUUGAGAAUUUCUGCGAAGGAGGAAUGUUAGAUAAUGACACACUAUGCCCAGAAUGGAAACCACUGGCAAAGAAACCUGAGCCAAAGGAUGUAUCUCAGAAUGGUGCAGCUGAGACUAAAGGUGUGGGGGAGGCUUCUCCUGCACCCCAAGUUCUGCCGCUAUUAUCCAUUCCUAUCCGUGCACCCAUUCCUGGCAUGCAGGUGCCACCCCUUCAGCCAAUGACUGCACACCAGCCAGUUCCAUCAAUUCCAACACCAGGGGUACCAACAGUACAAGGAUUACCCCCUCCCCAGGGAUUACCCCCCUUGCAAGGAGUUCCUCCAUUACAAGGAAUGCCCCUCCCACAAGGGCUUCCUCCACAAGGAUUGCCACUCCCUCAGGGCAUGCCUCUGCCUCAAGGCAUGCCCCCCCAUCAGCCUAUACCAGGAAUGGGACCCCUACAACCUCCUGCGUUUCCCAUAGGUAUUCCUCCCCCUGGAUUUGCACCUGGAGUUCCUCCUCCACCAUUUAUGAGACCAGGCUUUAAUCCAAUGCAUAUGCCUCCAGGCUUUCUGCCUCCUCCUGGACUUCCCCCACCUAUGACCCCACCUGUUUCUAUUCCUCUUCCUACACCUGGAAUAAACAUCCCGACUUCUACAGCAGAUACUUCAUCUAAUGACUCUUCAAAAGAUGUGUCUCGUACAAACCCUAGUCCAAUGGUACCUGUGAGGGAUAAUAUGGAGGAGGAUGAGAAGGCUGAUAAUGGCAAUGGAUAUAAGCCUACCCCAUCAGGAGGGCCAAAUAAUGCUCCGGGGCCCUUGAACCCACUUCACGGUGAUCAACAAGGGGAACAAGGACUUAAUUCUGGUCAAGCACAGGGAGCCCAUCCAGGACCACCACAAGGACCUUUUUCAGGCCAACCACAGGGUCCCCGUCAUGGCACAACAGAAGGUGCCCAUCAGGGCCCCCAAGAAGGUUCCCACCAAGGCCCACCUGAGGAUACUGAUCACAGCCCUCCAGGAGGUCGUCAUUACACUCUACCAGAAGGUCCUCAUCAUGGUCCAUCUGAGGGUCAUCAUCAUAGCCCAUCAGAAGGUCCUCACCUGGGCCCAACAGAAGGUCCACGUUUGGGUCCAGAGGGUCCCCAUCAUGGUCCACCAGAAGGUUCCCAUCACGGUCCCCAAGAACAUCCUCAUCACGGUCCCCCAGAAGGUCUGCAUCAUGGACCGCCAGAAGGUCCUCAUCAUGGGACCCCUGAAGGUCAGUACCAUGGACCACCAGAAGGACCUUAUCAUGGACCACCAGAGGGCCCCUAUCAUGGGCCACCAGACGGUCCAUUUCAUGGUCCACCACAUGGUCCUUAUCAUGGACCUCCACAGGGUCCAUUUCAUGGCCCUCCACAAGGUCCUUAUCAAGGACCCCAUCAUGGUCCCCCACAAGGGCCACAUCAUGGUCCACCACAGGGACCCCAUCAUGGCCCUCCCCAGGGACCCCAUCAUGGCCCACCUCAAGGACCUCAUCAUGGCCCCCCACAAGGACCUGGUUCUGGUCCACACCCUGGCCCUCCUUCUACUGGUCUUUUAGGUGCCAGACCUGGUUUAAUACCACUGCAGAGGCCACCUGGAAUUCCUUCUUCAAACAUGCAGCGCUUUCCCAUGUCUCAAAGGCCUGGCCCCCCUCAUAUGAUGAACAGAGGGCCCCCUCCAGGGCAGGGUGGCUUUGGCAUGCCACCUCAUGGGAUAAGGGGCCCUUUACUAGGACAAGGACACUUUCCUAGACAGAGAGGACCAGAAGGGCAUGGGGGACCUGAAGAACGAGAUGGUAGGCAGUUCAGAGGUGAAAGGCCAGUCUUUCCCCAUGGCAGAGAACCAGAUAGGUUUGGAAGGCGUUCAUUUGGUCGCAAUGAAGAUGAGCGAGAACGCUUUGGUCGGCGCUUUGAUGACCCCGAUCAUGAGCGACCUCCUAGUCGUGGGAGGAGCAGCUGGGGUAGAGGAAGUCCUAGCCGUGACAGACAAAGAGACUCUGAGGAAAGAAAUAGAUGGCCAAUGGGACAUGAGAGAGAGAGAGGUCACCCUAGAGGAAGGGGAGAUUUCCUCGAAAAUAGAAAACCUGAUGCAGAGCUUGAUGAAAACCACAAACCUUUUAGUAGCAGAAUGCGAAAUGCAGAAACCGUUACUGAAAGGAAAGAGGGGAAAGCAGAACCGGCAGGGAAAAAUCCCCCCGAGGAGCAGCCCGAGACGCCCAAAUCAUCUGAAGAAGCAGAAAAGGAUCCUGGAUCUAAUCCAGCAAAGCCUUAAAUAGUUCCGAGAAACAUUACUGUGCUGAGAGCUUGGGGAGUGUAAAUUAUGCUGUAAAAUAUUUGCUUCUUCCCCCCCCCCCCCCAUUACCGAUUCUGGCGUAAUUGGAGUUCAUCCAGGUUUCCUUCUGUUUGAAAUGGUUCCAUCUGAUUAUUUGUCUCCCGUAACCCCCUGAGUGCACACUUACGUUUACAAGUCGCAAUUAAAUUCUUUUUUUUUUUUUUUUAAAUGAGGAGAAAAAUACAAAGCAGAACAUUAAGUUCCUCAGAAAAAAUAGGUUUGUGUUUUUAAUAAACUCUAUUUUCGUAACAAA